AUGGACAGUAACGACUAUCGAAGCCUUGUUCUCCAUUAUGGUAGAUUGCGUUUUUAUCAUUCAAUGCAGAAAAUUGCAUUGGAUGGAUUGGCCAAGUUCCCCAUGCAAUCAGAGUUUCGAUUAUUUAAUGGGGUGGCCCUUGCCUUGGGGUUGCGUCUCCAGGAGAGCAUUCGAGAGUUGAAUCCUCUAAAGAAUGACUAUGAUCUGGGUUUGGCUGCCACAAUGACGCUGAUUUAUGCCCAUAAACAUUGCCGUCUUGUCGACCAGGAUGCCCUACAUGGGCUGGAACGGCGCAUUGAGGAUGGUCAAAGGUCGAUUAGUGCUUCUUCAUACUACUAUGCGGCCGUGUUCCUGUUCUUGAAUGGCGAGACUAAUACAGCAAGUGAAUAUGUGGAUAGAUGCAUCAAAAUGGAUGGUAAAUUCGAUGCGGCAUUGGUCUUGAAGAUUUGGUGUGACAUCACCACCAGCCAGGAGCAGGGACAGCGUGCUAAUGGAAAUCUGCAAGCUAUACUCGAAGAAUGCAUUGCUCGCAGCGAUGGAAAAAGUAUUGAUGCCUCAUUGGCUCUAGUUCGAUUCUACCAAAGUAGAAGGCAAUUUGAUGCAGCGAUUUUGAUGAUCAAUAAACUAAGUGUAAGAUUUCCCGAGUUAAACAUCCCAUUGAUUGAGAAAAUGGAAACCCAACUGGCUGCCCUCGAUUGGGAUCAUGCCCUGGAAACCUCCAUGCGGGUAAUAAACAUGGAACCAUCCAAUGUAACUGCUCUUCGGGUCAAGGCCAUGUUGCUUAUUGUGCGGGAGAGUAAUCUAAAGGCAGCUGCAGCUGUGCUCCAGCAAUUGAUAGCCGCAGCAGAGCGCAUCGAACCCGGAAAUCACACAUUACUAUUACAAAUAUGUCAAUUAUUUUCACGCAUUUGCUCCAGAAAUCCAGAAAUACUGCAAAUAACCUUGCGCUGCAUGGAUAAAACUAAUCAACUUAAUCCCAAUAACGUGGACUUUCUCACUGAGCUGGGAAAUCUGCAAUUGAUGGUGGGAAACAUCAACGAGGCAGAGAUCUCAUUGCGCUCCGCAUGUAAUGUGGAUAGCAAUAAUUUUGAAGCCCUAUGUGGUCUAACGCUAUGCAAAUUGAGACGAGUUGGCGACGAUGAGAGUAGACAACAGACCCGACAACAACUGGCUUUUCUCAUGGAGCUGAAUGGCGGCAAGCGGGAGCCUCAACUAUUAUACAUGUCCGCUUUGUUGGCCGAUGCCGAACAAAAGGAAAUGCAAUCAUCGGUAAAGUUGUUAACUGAGGCUGCCGAAAGAAAUAUUGCCAAAUUGGAGACAAUCCCCUUUGGAGUGGAUUACAUAUGCCGUUUGGAUCCGGACUUUAUGCUUGAGCUAUCUACAGAGCUUCUGCGGCACUGUCCGGUGCAGAUUCAACUGAAAAUACAUAACACCAAUGGUGAUUAUCAAUUUGGCCAAGAAUCGAUGCCAAUAACGCUUAAGCAUUGCCAGAACAUACUGGAUAUUAUUUUGCAAACUUGCCCUGGACAUCAAGGAGCAAUAUUUACUCGGGCUAAGGUUGAAUUUCUUUGCGGAGAAUCCACUAAAGCAAUUGGACGAUUGCAACACAUUCUAAACAACAUAGAUGAAACAUUCACAGAGGCUCAUCUGCUCCUGGCUCAAAUACUACUAGAGCAAAAACAAUUUGGCAAAGCCAUGGAGUAUCUAGAGUUGGCUUUGUCGCAUAAUUUCACUGUGCGAGAUCGGCCCAUGUAUCAUCUAUUAAUGGGUAUUAUUCAGCGUCAUCAAGAACAGUUGACAGAAGCUCAUCAGAGUUUUUUGGUCGCCAUGCAACUGGCUGGAGGUACAACAACACAAGCGAAUGCUCCGCUCCAUGAUGCUCGUGAUGCUACAGCUUCAGCGCAGACUCCGUAUCUAUUUACUAGUUGUGAUAAAAUCACCUUGUAUUUGGAACUCAUUUAUACAUUGCGACAAAUGGGUGACGCUCAAUCAAUAUAUGAAAGUGAACGACUGUUGCAGUCAGCAAUUGAAGAAUUCAGUGGUACACCGGAUGAAGGACGUUUAAUUAUUGCUCAAGCUCAAAUUAUGCUGGACAGCAGUAACAUUGCAAAGGCCAUUCAAUUGUUAUAUACAAUAGGGCCCGAUCAGUCUUACUACAUACAAGCACGCACAAAUUUGGCAAAUAUAUACUUGCAUCAUCAAAAGGAUAGAACAGCCUUUUCCAAUUGUUUCAAAGAGCUUGUUGAAACGCGACCAGAGCCUAAAAGCUACUUAAUGCUAGGAGAGGCUUAUAUGUCAAUCCAGGAGGCGGAUUUAGCUGUUGAGGCCUAUAGAAAAGCAUUACAAAUGGAUCCUUUAAACCCAUUGUUAGCUAGCAAAUUGGGCAGAGCCUAUGUAAAGAGUCAUCAGUAUGCUAAGGCGCUGAAAUAUUAUCAUGAUGUCAUUAAAAAUCCAGACUACUCGGGCUUGAAACUAGACCUUGCCGAAUUGUUUUUAAAGCUUAAACAAUUUCAGAAUGCUGUUAACAUUCUGGAAGAUGAUGUAAAGGCUCUCAAAACCGCUGAUGAUGUUGGAGAGUUGCAAUUGCAAACUAAAAAGUUGCUACUAUUGGCACGUGUACAUGAAAAAUCGGGCAAUAUAGUGAAAUCAUUACAAACUUUGCAGCAAGCUCGUGAUAAUCAGUAUCGCGUUCAAAAACUAUGUUCCACUGAUCAAUCGGAGAGUCUUUAUGAACAAUAUAAGAUUCUUUCAAAAAUAUGUUUGCUGAUGGCGCAACAAUCUAUUCAGACACGAGACAACGAACAGGCCCUUCAACAUUUCAAGGAAUGCGUAAAAUAUACUCCAAAUGAUGUUGAAAUUCUUGUUUCGUUGGCUCGUCUUCAAAUGAAUUCCAUGGAAAUGGAUCUGUGCAGGGACACUUGUUUAAAGAUCCUGCAGAUUGACAGUAACAAUGAAUCGGCUUCCGUAAUGAUGGCAGAUUUAUCAUUUCGUAAGAUGGAAUUCGAAAACGCAGCAUAUCACUUUUCGCAAUUGCUGAUUUCGCAGCCUUGUUAUUGGACAGCAUUAGCUCGGCUUGUAGAAGUUAUGCGACGAUCUGGUACAUUGUCGGAAACUGAACCAUUUCUCCAACGCGCUGAACAGGCAUGUGUGAGUGCUCAGACAUCGUCCGGAUUAAACUACUGCAAAGGAUUGUAUGAGUGGUACAAUGGUAAUGCGAAUGCGGCGCUCCGUCAUUUUAAUGUGGCACGCAGGGAUCAUGAGUGGGGGCAACAGGCGAUAUUUAACAUGAUCGAAAUAUGCAUUAAUCCGGAUGGAGAUAUCCCAAAUGGUAAUGACCUGCUGGAUGUGGGCGAUAGUGGGGACUUUGUUGAAUCUAGAGCGAUUGCUUUGCGGACAGCAGAGCGUUUGCUUAAGGACUUAAGACCGCAAUCUGGAAGCAUAGAGAAUGAAAUUGUAAAUCAUCGUGUUUUAUGGAACUUCUUGCAAAUGGCUUCAAAACAAAAGUUUCAGGUUGAGUCAGCAUUGCAAGACCUUACAGAUUUAAGUCAAAAAAUUGAUAAUCAGAUAAUAGUGGGUGUCAUUCUAGCUAUGGCAUCUGCUUUAGUACAAUUGAAGCAAACUCCACGGGCAAAAAACCAACUAAAACGGAUUGCUCGGCUCUGUUGGAAUUUCGAAGAUGCAGAAUAUUUAGAGCGAUCUUGGCUGUUGUUGGCCGACAUUUACAUUAAUUCAAAUAAAUUGGAUGUGGCUCAAUCGUUUGUGGAUCGAGUCUUGGAAUAUAAUAAAUCGUCUACAAAAGCUCAUGAACUGGCUGGCCAAAUAGCCGAAAAGUUGCAGUCCUAUAGUGUGGCCACGAAACACUAUGACAAAGCUUGGAAUUGUGGAGGCCGCUCGAAACCGUAUAUUGGAUAUAAACUGGCUUUUAAUCAUAUGAAGAUUAAGCAAUAUGCUAAAGCAAUUAAUAUUUGCUUGCAAGUCUUGAAGCUUCAUCCAGACUAUGUAAUAAUACGAAAAGAUAUUUUGGAGAAAUGCCGAAACAAUCUUAGAUCUUAAAAAACUUUGUAAUUGCACCUUCUACUUUAAAGCACUAUGAUAUUCACCCUAAUAAAGGCACCAAAACAA